AUGUAUCACAAUUGCGUUUGUUUUUGUCAAACAUCCUUAUCUGUAUUAAACGUCUGGUAUGUUAUUGAUCCACAUGGUUCAAUUAAAAGUUUAAAAUUUCUUAUACUAAAUACCAUUACAAUUAUAUUAGUUGUUUUUUAUAUAUCAACAAACUUUUUACUUUAUUUUGUUUUUGGUAAAAAAAUUCGAUUAACAUUAAUUCAAUAUGUUUCAAAUAUUUUUUCAAAACAUCCACAAUCAACAUUUACUACAAUUAAUCUUCAAAGCUCAAAUGCGCAAAAAACUAUUGCUGACGAUACAUAUCAAUCAGCGUAUAACGAAAAUCAAAUAACGCUAUCAACGGUGUAA